GUAAACCGGUUUAAUCUAGAUUAGAUUAGAUUAGCUGGUAUACUUGAUUUCAGUCUGGUUUACAAGUUGAGUAAUUGUAUCUAUAUAUCUUGUACCAGAACACAUUCCGGAAAGUGGAAAAUAAGAGAUCAGUUUACCAAAUCUCUCUUUGCUAUCGAUCUCUAUUAUGGUAUCAGAGCAUAUCCUAUUGAUUUCUUCGAAUUUUCUCGCGAUUUCUUCAAUUUCUGCUCAAUCAUCUUCCUAAACACCUUCGUUUGAUCUUCUCUGACCUUUCGCAAGCUUGAUCGAAGUUGAUAUGGGGAAGAGAGGAGGAAAAAUGAAGACGCGAAGCUCAAUUUCUGAUGACGAAGGAUCUGUGAUCAAAUCUCCACAUGGAUUCCAGAUCCACGAUGAACCUGCAACAACGAUGACAAAGCAACAACAAGCUCGACGAUCGAUGACUCCGGGAGCGAUGAACACACCGAUGAAGUUCUCAGACGCACACGAUAGCAUUCACAGCCCAUUCUUCCUUCAUUCAGCUGAUCAUCCAGGUCUGACUAUAGUAGUUCACACUCUUGAUGGAACUAACUAUAAUAGUUGGUCGAUUGCGAUGAAGAUAAGCCUAGAUGCGAAGAAUAAGCUGAGUUUUGUUGAUGGAUCUCUUCCUAGACCAUCCGUUGAUGAUAAUAUGUUUAAAAUCUGGAGUCGCUGCAACAGUAUGGUGAAAUCAUGGAUUCUAAAUGUCGUUAGCAAGGAGAUCUAUGAUAGUAUUCUAUAUUAUCAAGAUGCUACUGAGAUGUGGGAUGAUUUGUUUAGGCGUUUCAAAGUGAACAAUCUGCCACGCAAAUAUCAGUUGGAGCAAGCUGUUAUGACACUGAAGCAAGGAGAUCUUGACCUCUCGACAUACUUCACGAAGAAGAAGAUUCUGUGGGAGCAAUUGGCGAACACAAAAUCAAGUGUAGUGAAGAAGUGUGAUUGUGAACAAGUUCAGGAGUUGCUUGAUGAUGCUGAAACAAGCCGAAUCAUACAGUUUCUUAUGGGGCUUAAUGAUAGCUUCAACAAUGUUCGUGGACAGAUUCUUAACAUGAAGCCAAGACCAGGCCUGAAUGAUAUCUACAAUAUGUUGGAUCAAGAUGAAAGUCAGCGUGUGCUAGGAGGAACUCAGAAGAUACUCCCGACUCCAACAGCGUUUCAAUCUCACUCACCUAAUGUGGAACAAAAUCCGGUCUUGCUAGCUCAUGGGAAUUUUCAGAAGCCAAAGUGUUCACAUUGCUUUCGUAUUGGACACACGGUUGAUAAGUGCUACAAGGUGCAUGGUUAUCCACCAGGACAUCCACGAGCUAAGAAGAACAACUCUGUUGGGAAUACGAACUUGGCAGCGGUAGGAUCAAAUGUGCCUGUGAAAGAUCAGGGAUUUGAUGAUGCGAGUAAUAACAUGACCAAGGAUCAACUCCAACAGAUGAUUGCGUUUUUCAGCUCCAAGCUUCAGUCCUCUGGGGUCACGCCAUGUUCUGACAAAUCUAUUGCCUCUACAUCAUCAUCCGUACCAGUAAUCUCUCAAAUUUCUGGCUCUUACUCAGGAGUUGAUGAUUGGUCAAGGUAGUCAAGUUGCCAACUUAUAUGUCUUAGAUCACAAUAAAUCGUAUGCUAAUCUCGUUGGUCAGGGCCCAGGUAAUGUCUCUGUCUGUUCUAGCAUGGUUCUUGAUCCUUUGACAUGGCACAAAAGACUAGGACACCCUUCUAUGAAGAAAAUUAAUUCUCUAUCUGAUAUUUUACUUAUACCUAAAGGAAAAGAUGUAAAACACUCUAAAGUUUGUCAUAUUUGUCAUUUGUCUAAGCAAAAACGUAUUCCCUUUGUAUCUAGAAAUCAUCUUUGUUCAAAACCUUUGGAAUUAAUACAUAUUGAUACUUGGGGUCCCUUUGCUGUUCCAACUAUUGAUGGUUACAAGUAUUUUUUCACCAUUGUUGAUGAUUUUAGUAGAGCAACUUGGGUAUAUAUGCUUAAACAAAAAUCUGAUGUUUUACAUGUCUUUCCUGGUUAUAUUGCAAUGAUAGAGAACCAAUUGAAUACUAGAGUGUGUGCUGUUCGAUCUGAUAAUGCUAAUGAACUGAAUUUUACUACAUUAUAUCAUAAUAAAGGUAUUAAAGCAUUUCAUUCUUGUCCUGAAACUCCUGAACAGAACUCGGUAGUAGAGAGAAAGCAUCAGCAUCUGUUGAAUGUAGCUAGGGCUCUUAUAUUUCAAUCUGGAGUUCCUUUAGAGUAUUGGGGCGAUUG